GUUUUUUCGUAAUUUAAUCUUAUUUCAGAGAGUGAAAACAUAAUUUACCCUAAUAUUAAUCCUAUAUUCCAAUUUUGCUGGUUUUCACAAGGAGGAAAGAGGCGAUAUAUAUUCCCAAUUUACCUUCUCUCUCUCUCCAUUUUAACUUCUCUCUCUCUCUCUCAUCUGUCUUUCUCUCUUUCUCUCUCUUCACCCAGAAAAGAAAAAUUGAUUCUCCAAAAAAACCAUUUUGAAGUAAUUCAACCUUAUCAGAAUAUUAGAUCGAAAAAUGAAAGGAAUAGAUAUAUUCUGCGCAUCACAAGCUGCAACAGCCAUUUGCCUUAGCAUGGAACAAGGUUCAUCGUCCUCCACUCCUUCCUCCUCCGCCUUCCUUCUCUCCGCCGCCGCCGGAGACGACGGCGCCGCCGCCGGCAGAGCCAUCGACCGCCACAACCCCAUCAUCAAAGACGCAAAAAGAAUAAUCACCAAAUCCGUACUCCCUCCUUGCACCAGCUCCACUCAGCCACCCAUCACCCCCAAGAAGAAGCAGAAGAAGAAUAUAAAAAGAGUCCCUUUUCAAGAAACCGACGAAGAACAACAAAAUGGCGGUAAAACUGACGGCGGUGAUGAUAACGGUGGUGCCGCCGCCGUGAAUGUAGGAAGAAAGAGCUGGAGGUGCACCACCAAGCCGGGUGAUUUUAUCAGCCCACAUGGCUCUACUAGGUAUUUGUUGACAGAUAAGCUUGUUUCCUUUAAGGAUUUCGAUACCGUCGUAGAAAAGUUGUCUCUUGAUGAUAGUAAAACAGAGGAGGAACUCAUCUCCGACGACGCCGUACCGCCGCCGCCGCCCCCUGACCAUCUGCAGGAGGAGGAGGUUGUAGUAGUUGUACUGAGAGUGUCUUUGCACUGCAGAGGAUGCGAAAAGAAAAUGAGAAAACAUCUCUCUAGGAUGGAAGGGGUAACGUCUUUCGAGAUAGAUUUUGCGGCGAAGAAGGUGACGGUGACCGGAAACGUAACUCCGGCGAAUGUACUUUCAAGCAUAUCUAAGGUGAAGUCCAAUGCCCAGUUAUGGCCAUCUAAUUCAAUCCCAGACAACCUCAUUAACUCAGAAUCCACCAUUUAUGGUUACAAAGAACCUGCAGCAUUACAAGUUGCAGAUAGAUAAUUGCUCUUUUUUAAUUUAUUUAUUUUUAUUUUUAUUUUAUUUUCUUCUUCUUAAUUAGAAAUUCAAUUGCAUCUAGCAGUUAGCUGGUGUAAAUUAUUUAAUGUUCAUUCCGGUGUUUUUGUUCGUGUUUGAGAAUUAUCGAAAACUAUUACAGCAUUUGCAUUCCCAUAAUGCCCUUUUUAUUUUUAUUUUGUGAUAAAAAAUUAUUAAGCAUUGA